AAAAAAAAAAAGAGAGGAAGAAGAGCGAUGGCCGCUGGUAAUUCGUAUAUUGCUCACGAUCUCCUUGAAGAAGUCCUCCUGAGGCUUCCGUUGAAGUCUAUCAUCAGAUUCAAGUCCGUUUCGAGGCAAUGGAAAAUUUCAAUCGAAUCCCAGAGUUUCGUCGAGAGACAUCGAAAGAAUUCCCCACGGAAAAUCCUUUUAGCUCUCAACGGCGGUUGCAGCGACGGCGAGCCGCCGAGUCAAUUCCCCGGCGAAGAAGAAAAAAUCUGCUAUAUCCGCAAUUGCGAAGCUUCCAGAGUUUCGCUGACAUGCGACGGCUUAAUCUGCAUCCCGGGGUCGGAUUCGAUUGAAGUUUGUAACCCGGUGACACGAGAAUCCCGGCGAUUCCCUCCCCGAGAACCUCUCGUCUCGACCAAACGUCCUACCGGAAACCCUAUCCCCGUCAGAUCAAUUGUGCACAACAAAAUGUUAAAGGAUCGUGUGGCUCGAUUACCGAUGGGAGGAAGCUCUUUUGGAUUCGGUAAAGAUGAAGUGACGGGAGCAUAUAAAGUGGUUGUGCUACGUGGUAACGGUCUCUCAUUUUUGGUUGAGGAUUGCAAUGUUCUUGAUCUUGAAACAGGGCAAUGGAGACAAGUAAGCGUCGUUGCUCACCGGAUUUUUCCUUCAGAAAGAUCGGUCCAUGUCAAUGGUUCGGUUCACUGGUUCACGGUUGAUCUAUGGGAACCGAGCGCAACGAGAAUAGUUGCAUUUGAUCUUCACACUGAAGAGUUUAGAGUCGUCCCGUACCCAAACACUGGCUAUUCAUACCCAAACACUGGCUAUUCAGACAGUGAUCGACCCUAUUUGUGUGAGCUUCUCAGCCUUGGAAACCGUCUCACAGUGUCCGAGAUGAGGACAUCUCCCCGUGUCCAUCUAGAUAUUUGGAGAAUGGUGGACGUAGAGGAAGAAAGAUGGGCUAAGAUGCAUUCAGUAUGUUUAUGCGGUCGUUACCAACCACGAUUAAGCACACAUCAGCUAUUCACACCCUUGACCAUUUCUGAGCAAGGAGACGGAGUCGUGGUGAUCAUGAUUUGGGAUUAUCAAGAGACAUUGUACAAGUCCUUCUCAAACAGAUUCUCUAUUCACAUGUUUUCUACAGGCGCUCGUGUUGUUGCUUCUUCUUAUAUCCCAACUCUGGUCCGGGUUCCCUACCACCUUACUUGAUUCUAAGGCACCACACUAGCUAUAUGAGUUUCCUGAACUUGCCUUAGUUUCAUUUUCGUGUAUUUUAUACCCAAUUGCUUUAAUAUUUGCUCAAUAAAUCUUGAAGAGGCAUACUUAUGAUUCCAUCAAUCUCUCUCAUAGUACCAACCAAUCGUUUGAUUGUUAUAUAACAAUGGCAAAAGUAGACUCCAUGUGCCUAAGAACUCAAGAACAUUAAACAACAUCAUCGAAUGAUACAGGUGCUUUUGCAGGCAUAACCUCUGCUUCCCCUUCUCCAGCUGAGC